AUGGACGCCGACCUCCCCACACCAUUCAACCUCAGUCACAUUCCCGGCGAGAUCGAAACGACCAAUAAAACUCUCAGUCUUUGGUACAAUGCGAUUCAAGAAAAACCCGCGGUCGAAUACCUACCACCCGGGAUCUCAAGAGAGACGUUUUUGCUCAUCCUCAAACGUUUCCAAGAAGUAUUGGGAGAAGAUGCUGUGAUAGUCGGUGACGAACUCCGGCUGAGCUACGCAGACCCUUUUUCCAUGAAUGCGGAUGAAGCCGAAAAACGUGGAAGCUCCUGUGCAAUUCGUCCAACAACUGUCGAGCAAAUUCAGGCCAUCGUUAAGAUCGCAAAUGAAUACGAAAUCCCUCUCUGGACAGUCUCCAGGGGAAAGAAUCUCGGUUAUGGUGGACCAGCCGCACGGGUCAAGGGAUCUGUUAUCCUCGACUUACAGAACAUGAACAAAGUACUCGAUAUUAACGACAAAUAUUCUUAUUAUACCGUCGAGCCUGGUGUGAGCUUCUUCCAGCUGUAUCAGGCGAUCAAAGAACAGAAGAAGGAUAUAUGGUGUUCUGUGCCAGCUCUUGGCUGGGGUAGCGUGGUUGGAAAUGCACUAGACAGAGGCUGGGGAUACACUCCACACGGCGACCAUUCCAACCAAAUUUGCGGCAUCGAAGCGGUGUUAGCAGAUGGGAGCCUUGUCAGAACCGGCAUGGGAGCUCUCAAGGACUCGAAAUCCUGGCCUCUCUUCCGCGGUGGCUACGGCCCGACUUACGACCAGAUGUUCAACCAGUCGAAUUUUGGGAUAGUGACGAAGCUAACACUCUGGGCUUCUCCCGCGCCCGAAGGCCUGAUGCUAUGUCAUAUUGAUGUGCCUGAAGAACACGACCUGAAAGAUCUGGUUGACAUCCUUCGCGAACUUUUGCUCCACGACAAGAUCCAAAAUCAUCCCGUCAUCGGAAAUAUCAUUAGGGAGAUCUGCAGGAGAGGCCCACGAAGUCAAUGGUAUGAUGGGCCUGGUUCUAUUCCUGACGAGAGGCUGAAGGAGCUUCAGCACGAGCUCGGAAUCGGGUUCUGGGAUGCAAUAUUUGGACUCUACGGGCCGAAAGAGAUCAUCGAGCACAACUACAAGGCUUGCCAAGAGGCGUUGAAAGCUAUAAAGGGCUCUGUCCUCACAGGGACAGCGUACUAUCCUAAGGAGAAGAAAUACUUAGCCGCCGAUGAAGUUCCCUACGACCUCCAAGCCGGAGUGCCUAGUAUGGCACCACUUAGAACGAUUGAAUUUCGAGGACUGGAUGGGGGACACAUCUCAUUUUCGCCAGUCCUGCCCAGCAAUGGUCAGGAUGCUCUGGACUUCUAUCAUGUUGCAAAAUAUAGGUGUGCGCAGCACGGCUUUGACUUUGUUGCCGGCCUUCACCUCCAUCUCCGCCAUCUGACACAUAUCAACAUGAUUCAUUUCGACCGACAAUCACAGGAAGACAAAGAUGCUGCAAACAAUCUAUUCGUCGAUUUAGUUCACGAUGCGCGGAAAGCUGGAUAUGGAGAAUACCGCGCACACGUUGAGCAUAUGGACUUGGUGGCCGACCAGUACGACUUCAACGAAGGUGCAUUGAUGAGGCUUAACGAGAGGAUCAAGGAUUGUUUAGACCCUAAAGGUAUAUUGAGCCCAGGAAAACAGGGCAUUUGGCCAGCAGCAUACCGUAAGGCCAGGAAACAGGAACUCUCGAAUAGAGACAAGGGAAGCAGUGGUUCCGGGAUUCCUGAGGGUGUUCCUGCACCAACUGAACUAAGAAGUCAUAUUUGA